UGGAAAUUCCACUGUUAACGUUAUAGCACUGAAGUGUAUCUACUACCUUAUAAAGAACGUAAGUUUAGGUGUCAAUUUUGGACUUUCAGUAUGAUGACCUUGCUGUUAGAUGGUGUUUUGGUAGUCUGUGUUGAUCUUGCAGGAAUCUUAUUUGGACAAAUGUUUUAUCAAAAACUAGCUCAGGCACGACUGUGCCACAUAACUAUAUGCUAGUCUGCUGGCUGGUGGCCUUCCAACUUAAAACCAGAAGGCUACUGAGUAAUCUUAAACCAGACAAAUACUUCCAAAUUCAAUUCUACUUUUUUUUUUUUUAUGGUGGUUAAUUGAAUGAAUGGUUAAAUGAGACAGUUUACUUUGCUCUCUUGCUGCAAGAUUCUAGUCUGACUGUCUGACAUCACCUGAUAUUUCUGACGACUGAAAUCUCAUUCAACAACUUUAAGGGUGUCUGUACAUGGAUGCGUUUUACUCUUAACGCACCCCUGAACGUACAUCACUGAGAAAGUCAGGCCUAUGUUGCGUCAUGCAAAACAACUUAACAGAUAUUUUACAGAGGAAAAGUUUGGUCCUCUAUUUCGAAGAAUAUAUCAAAUGCACGUCUAGCCUGUGUAAUUCUGUGUCCAGUGUGCCAUUGUGUUCAGCGCUGUAUUUGAAGCGGUCAAUGGUUUUGGAAAUGGGAACCUCAGAAUGUAAAUUAGCACAGCUCGUGCCCGCUGUGGGUGAAAGAGCCGAAUUGUUUAUUGAGAUCCCAGAGCCACGCGCCUGGCUCGCGAGGCUAGUGUGCGGUUGAAUCACACAGCGGGGCGGGAUCUCCCCCCUUGGGGAGCGUGCAACACCAAAAGGGGUGGGGUGUCAGGCGCGUGUAGAAAAAAGGGACUGCGCACGACAUCCCGUUUAAAAUUUGACGUGGAUCAGGUACUUGCCAGUCAAGAAAACAAAUUCCCGCAGACACACGACCCACGCGAAAGACACGAGCGCUCUCUAUUGCCAUACGCCUACCAUUCAUCUGACUGACUUGGACUGGGAACCAACUCUCUUCUCUUCUUUAUCAUCCAUCCGCUUUUUAAUGUUCUUACCUAACAUGGAGAGUACCAUCAUCUCCACCACCAAGCAAACAACUACCUACCGAUUUGCUCUGUCGGAAAAUCGCCCGUUCGCUCCGUUGUCAAAUACUGCGAAAGACUUCUGCGCAACUGUCCAUGAAUCAAAAGAGUGCAAGUCCAUAGUGCUGAAAAGACAGCGCUCAAGCAGCCCUGAACUCUUGAGGUGCAAGCGAAGACUCACUUUUAACGGGUUCGGUUACACCAUUCCUCAGCAACAGCCAGUUGCUGUAUCCAGGCGCAACGAGCGUGAAAGAAACCGGGUGAAGCAAGUCAACAUGGGCUUCCAGACUUUACGGCAGCAUGUCCCCAACGGAGCAGCAAACAAGAAGAUGAGCAAAGUUGAAACCUUGCGGUCAGCAGUGGAAUACAUCCGUGCCCUUCAGCAGCUUUUGGAUGAGCACGAUGCCGUUUCUGCAGCCUUCCAGUGUGGGUUGCAGUCGCCUCCCUUGUCCAAUGCAUACUCAGCGGAGCCGGAGUCGCCUCAUUCAACAUAUUCAUCCGAUGACGGGAGCAAUGACCAUCUUAGUUCAGAGGAGCAGGAGUUGCUCGAUUUCACAACUUGGUUUGAUAAAUACUAGACAAAGACACCCAAAGAUUCAGACGAAGACCCAUUGAGUUUGGCCACCUUUACUUAACUACUAUACUGAGGAUACAACGGUUUCCUGAGCAAACGAGCCAACCUGUAGCCUACACGAUGAACAACCAAAAAGAAUCCAAUAGGCCGGUACGCCGUCAUCAGGCUUCAAACUUAGCGGAAUGUUUUGCGUUUUUUCUUCAAGAGAGGAAACGGGAACUUACCGUUACUAGCCUAUUUGUUCUGCGACUCCACCAGGUAAAGGUGAUCUGACU